AUGGUGUCUGCUGGACGACAGAUUCUGGGCUUGGCACUGGCCAUCAUCGGCUUUCUGGGAAGCAUCAUCAUCUGCGCUCUCCCCACAUGGAAAGUCACAGCCUUCAUUGGUGCCAAUAUCGUCACCGCUCAGGUGAUCUGGGAGGGUUUAUGGAUGAACUGUGUGACCCAGAGUACAGGUCAGAUGCAGUGCAAAAUCUACGACUCUCUCCUAGCCUUACCUCAAGACCUGCAGGCCGCCAGAGCACUCGUCAUCAUCGGCAUCAUCGCCGGGAUCUUCGGAGUCCUUCUCGGCGUGGUCGGGGGCAAGUGCACCAACUUUGUGGACGAUGAAAGGGAAAAGAGCAAAGUGGCCAUCGCUUCUGGAAUCAUCUUUAUCAUCGCAGGCCUCCUGGUGCUCGUUCCCGUCAGCUGGGCCGCCAACACCAUCAUUCGUGAUUUCUACAACCCCGUUAUGACCAACGCUCAAAAGAGGGAGCUCUACGUCAUGGCCUCUAUGGGGAUGCAAAUGCUGGCCAGCGCCCUGUGCCUCCUGGGUUGGGCAGGGGUCAUCAUCAGCUGCAUACUGCCCAUGUGGCGGGUCACGGCCUUCGUGGGGAGCACCAUCGUCACCUCGCAGACCAUCUGGGAGGGCAUCUGGAUGACCUGCGUGGUCCAGAGCACGGGGCAGAUCAUGUGUAAACCUUACGAGUCUCUCCUCGCUCUCAGCGCAGACCUGCAGGCCGCCAGGGCUCUCACCGUCCUCGCCAUCGCCACGGGCAGCGCAGGCCUCAUUCUGGCCUUCAUUGGAGGAAAGUGCACUCGCUUUUUGGAUGAGGAAGGAGAGGGGGUCAAGGGCAAGGUGGCUGUAGCAGCGGGGGCAGUUUUGAUUGUCACAGGGUUACUGUGUUUGAUUCCCACGUCAUGGGCGGCCGGGUCCGUGGUGAAGAAGUUCUACAGCGCCACCAUAGAUGCUCAGCGGAGGGAGAUUGGAGCCUGUCUCUACAUCGGCUGGGGAGCGUCCAUCCUGCUCAUUCUGGGAGGGGGUUUGUUCAUCAGCUCAGCGUGCCCCAUCAAAGCCCACAACACAGACAAGAGCCCUUCUGUCCGCUACGUGGUGGUCCGCUCCUCCAACGGGGCAAGCCAGGCAGGUUCUCAACGCACCAGAGUACCAGCGGCAACGUCUCAGCCUGUCGGAGCGAAGCUUCCCACGUCUCAAAGCGCCAAUGGAUCAUCAACAAAGCCACCGCUGUACACAAGACCUCCAUGGGAGGACGGGCCUGAGCAGGACUCUAAGCUGGAGUCUGAACGAUCAUGGGCACCAUCGACAAAGUCUCAGAUGAAAAGACCGGAGUCAACAAAGUCUGAAAACAGUGAGGCGCCCUCGACAAAAUCUCAGCUGCAACGAGCAGAAGUGGAAGAGAUUUUAUCAGUGGAGACUGAAAAUGAGGACGCAUCCUCAAAUCCAGCAAGGACUUAUCUAUAA